AUGUCGCAGCCACCCACGCUCACACCAAAUCUCAAGCGCGCACGCUCAUCCUCCCAGCUGUCCUCCCCGGACUCCACCUCCUCCCCAAAAAGAGCAGCCAGCGAAGACCCCUCAGAGCCAACCAGAUUCCUCACUGCCGACUCCAACAUGAUACCAGGAUCUAGUCCUCUCAGGCUUGAUACCGCGGACGAAGAGAGCACAAAGAGCUGGGUGGAGCAGACCGGCCAAGUGCGGCUUGAUUCCGAAGGCGACGCGGAAGGAGACGGAGAUGAGACCAUGAUCGCAGAGUCGCAGGAACCGUUGCCGGUGGUGUCCCAGAGCGAAUGGAAGCAAAGAGUGAACGAUGUACUCGAAAACCUUCCACCUCCUUUUAAACACUAUGAGCGAUACUAUAUCCUCCCCCAACCUAUUCUCAACAAGCUCCAGCAAUUGGCUUUUGGCGAACCAUCCGAUGCGACUCUCUCGCCGGACGAGCUGCUCGAAGCAAUGCAAAAGCUUGUCCCAGACCAGUCCGCCGAGUCGUUCUGGGUCAUCCGCUCCGAGCGUGGGGCGGAAGGCGCCAAACUCAUCGGAAAGGGUGAACAGGAGGAUGUAUGGGCGUUGGGAGAUGCCGAGGAGAAUGUGGACUACGUCUUUAUCCCUGAGGCCACCUGGCUGAAGGUCGUGGAAUGGUUUGGCCCCUACCAGGGGCCGUCUUUACCGCGUUACUGCGUUCCGCCCGAUAAUAUCGAAGUUCAACCUGCCACAAUCCGUCUCUUCAUCAUCUUUCCCGAAUCCACUACCUCACCUACUUCCGAUGAGGCCUCGCAGACUAUCCUCAUGUGCCCAAGCACCACCCCAAUCAAGGUUUUCGAGAGCUUUGCUGAUCACGUGGCCACCCAAAAACUCGGCGAGAGUCGGUUCAUUGGUCAAUGGGGCAGCAGGCUGUGGAAAGUCGAAAAGUCGAGCGACAACGACGAGACGCUGCUCAAAGCUGGCUCUCUGGAGAUCACACCCAAGACGCUGAUCGCCGCCAAGGGUGAAUUGAUUGACACUUCGGCUGCAGAAGCCGAUCUCGCUGAAACCGUGCUGGGUAUCUCAAAGUCGCAAAUCAUUGCUAUCGAGUUCGGCAAGGUUGCGGAGGGGUCGACUGCGCCGACUUGGAGUGUUGAUGUCGGUACGGAAAAGCAGGCUGUAGAGAAAAGCUCAAAGCCCGCGCCCCUCUUUUCCAAACCUGCCAUGUUUGCGGGCACUUCCUCUGCUGCCACUGCUGGCGUAGAAACAAGAAGCCAGACGAAGCCCAAGGCGGGCAAGGGUUUAGUUGGGCUGCAAAACCUGGGUAACACUUGCUUCAUGAACAGUGCUGUGCAAUGUCUGAGCAAUACCCCAGAGCUUUCGCAGUAUUUCCUUGCUGGCGUCUACAACAGUGAACUCAACCGUGACAAUCCUCUUGGUAUGUCUGGGCAGAUCGCCGAAGCCUUUGGCCAAGUCAUCGAGAAUCUCUGGGCAGCUCAGUCCAACUCGUACGCUUCAUAUUCUCCCAGGCAGCUCAAAUGGACUACUGCCAAGUUUGCCUCUCAAUUCGCGGGCUACGGCCAGCACGACACUCAAGAGUUCAUCGCAUUCUUGCUGGAUGGCUUGCACGAAGAUUUGAACAGGAUCAUCAAGAAACCGUAUAUUGAAAAGCCGGACUGGGUCCCUGGGGGUGGAAACAAAGAGCUGGCCUCACUAGGCAAAGAUUGCUGGGAGGGUUAUAAGAAGAGGAACGACUCGGUGAUUGUGGAUCUAUUCCAGGGUCAGCUGAAGAGUACCUUGGUUUGUCCGGAAUGUACAAAGGAAUCCAUCACGUUCGACCCCUUCAUGUACCUGACUGUACCUUUACCUGUCGCCCAGCAUAGGCAGUUCAAGGGUAUAUUUGUCCCUCGAGACACUGAAAAAGGCCCAACCCCUUUCCAACUACUGAUUCCCCAAAACGCCGCCUUCUCGCAAAUCAAAGACAAGCUUGGCGCGCUCUUUGGCUGCAAGGCCAACAAUAUCAUUGGACUCGAUCUCUGGAAGAACAGGCCUUACGCCUGGUGGCGCGACCCUGAUCACAACGGCGAGUGCAAAAACAACGAUAUUGCAGUCUUUUACGAGUUUGAACCGACCGUCAACGUUGUGGCCACUCGCAAGGCCGUUGGUACUACCCCUGCAGACGCGUCCGGCUCUUUCACCGUUCCAGUCUACACAUUCAAAACCAUCGAGAACGCCCGAGGCGGGUAUCGUAUUGGAGACUCGCCAUCAGACACACACAUGACCCCGUUCUUUAUUACCUUGUCGAAGGCCGAUGCUGCAGACCCGGUCAAGGUACGGGAGGCGAUCAUGAGGGGAUACAACAGAUUUAUGCGAGAGAACAAGAAGGGGGAAAUUUACGUGGUCGCCUCCAGCGCCCAGGCGCGAGCUGCUUCGCCCGAGGACGAAGAUGGUCCCGUCACCGAGAUACACAUGAACGGCGAUCAAGCAACCAUCGUCGAGGUGCCCACGACUCAGAAUGCUGAGCAGGACACUCCUGUCAAGAUUGUUGAGGUACCAGCCGAAGACGGCGAUCUUUUGGAGGUCGAUCCCGCUACUGCGCCGAUCUCUGGCAACGUCACAGGUCUUCACAUGAACGGCUCGUCUACUUCUCUCGCCUCUUUAACAUCCGCCCGAUCAGCCGCUGCGUCCGUUUCAAGUACCGCGGGCAAACUUGUUCCCCGCGCCGACUUGUUCAAAGUCUACGUCGCAGACCCAGCUGGAGACCUGUCCUACAGCAACUUCCGCAACUCUUUGGCAAAGCCAAAGCAGGAAGUUGCUGGUCUGUACGACCAAGAGAUUUCUGCUGCUUGCAAGAAUUGGUCUCUACUUGAGAGCAGGAAGAAAAAGUCCAAAAGACAUAUGGUGACCCGUCUCGCAACGGGCUUCUCAGCCAUGAUCGGGGGCUCCAACACUUCCAACACCUCGGCUGCGGGCUCCGAAGACGAGGCUAUCGAUGGCUCCACCGACCCCAAACUUUCACCUGCUAAAGCUGCCAAGCUCAAGCUCAAGGAAGAAAAGGCAAAGCUGGUCGUUCGGCCCGGGGAAGGUAUCUUUUGUGAAUGGUCCCCGCGCGACUUUGCCGAGUGGCUUGACCAUGACGUAGUGGAGGACAAGUUUGUCGACCCUGCUAUCGGAAGGGAACUGGCAAAGAAGAAUGCGGGCAAGGAGAUCAGUAUCGAGGACUGUCUAGACGAGUUUUCAAAGGAGGAAACACUAGGAGAUGACGACCUUUGGUAUUGCCCUGUCUGUAAGAAACACCAGGCGGCCACGAAAAAGCUCGAGAUUCACAAAGCUCCCGACAUUCUUGUCAUUUGCAUCAAGCGUUUCGGCUCUUCGCGUCGUAUGAACGAUAAACUUGACAACUUGGUCAAGUUCCCCAUUGAUGGCCUCAAUCUCGAAGAUCGAAUUGGCGAGCGACAGCUGGCCAAAACUUUAAAGGUCGAUGGUCAAAAUGUCACAGAGUACGGAAUCGAGGAAAGUGACGAAGCUCUGCUCUAUGACCUUUACGCUGUCGAUAAUCACUUUGGCGGGAUGGGCGGUGGUCAUUACACUGCUUUCUGCAGAAAUCGAGUGGAUGGCGAGUGGUACAACUAUGAUGAUUCUCGAGUCUCCAAGACCGAUGCCUCGGCUGUACAGAGUCGAGCGGCCUACUUGCUCUUCUAUCGCAGAAGAACGACUCGUCCUAUCGGUGGCAUCUCUCGAAUCAAGGCCGAAGAAGCUAUCCGCAAAGAGGCCGAAGAUGCUCCCGAGCCCGAAGCCGGGCCCUCUGGACCUACCAUGCACAUGCCCGGCUACCGUCCUCUUAAUCCCGACGCCGCCAUCGACGAAGAGCUCCCUUCCUAUUCGAGUGCCCCCCUAGACACAUCUCGCGACGUAGACUCUAGCGAGGACGAAGCCGAGCCUUCUCUCUCUCGCGCCAGCACCCGAGCUGCCGCCGGGCUGCCUGAUAUGGAUGCUGGCAACUACUCUUCGUUCAACACCAGUCAGCUCGGGUUCGGUAACAGUGUAGCUUGGGGCGGAAGCAACGGGUCCAAUGGAGCCUCGCAGUACUCUAACAAUGUCGGGUUCUUUGAUGGGAUCGCGGGUACGCAAUAUCCGGCACCAGCUGGGACCGAGCUGCCAUACCUUUCCGACACUUACGCUUCUGGGCCUUCCACGACUCCCACGGGAGACGAGACACUGGAUAGCGUAAUGUCGGAUGCUGGAGCAGUCGGAGAGGAAGGAGUCUCGAGCACGCAUGCCAGCACCCUGGCUGGUGACGAGCAGAUGGUGGAUCAGGAAAUGGAUAUCGCUGAGAAUGUUUCCGCUUCCGAGAUUCCUACGGACAGGAAGGCGAAAGUAGACUAG